AUGGAACUACAUGCUAUUAUUCUAUGUGGAGAGGGCAAAGCUUUGUCUCCACUUUCUCGUGCAAGAUUAACAGGUACUCCAAAAGCACUUUUGCCAAUUGCUAAUGUGCCAAUGAUUGAAUAUGUCUUGGAAUGGUGUGAAAGAGCAUAUUUUCCUAAAAUUACCGUAAUAUCUGACGAAAUAUCAGGUGAGCCUAUACAAAAGGCAAUUGAUGCUUAUAGGGACAAAUCUCUGGUGAAGUCUGUAAUUAAUCAAAAUGAACAAGCGUCAACGGACAGCAUAUUUGACUAUUCACCAAAUAUACUGUUGUUGACUUUUGAUAGCCACUAUAGUGGUGAGAUUAUUUCCUUCUUAAGCAAAUCUCAGGAAUUACGGCCAGAUCAAGAUUUCGUGUUACUUCCAUGUGACUUUAUUACAAAUCUACCUCCUCAAGUGCUUAUUGAAGCAUAUAGAAACAGGUCGGACACUGAUUUGGGGCUAGUCGUUCAUUAUAGAAAUCAACUUGAAAUAGAGGAUAGAAAGUCUAAAAUUUUUCCAAAGAACUUCACAGUUUAUUCAGAAUUAUCUGAGGAUAAUCCUAGUUUAUUGGAUAUUUUCAUGCCAGAAGAUAUAAAAUAUCAUAAAUCUUUACAGAUAAGAACUCAAUUAUGUUGGAGGUAUUUUAAUUCGAUUGUGACUACGAAGCUUCUAAAUGGUGGCAUAUUUUUUGGCUCAUCCAAGAUAUUUAAAAUUUUUGAAGAGAACCAAGAUCAGUUUUCUGAAACCUAUUUCGAAAGACCAAUAUUGAAAGUCAUUCGGGACCUCGCAAGGAGAUCUUGGAAACAUUCCGUUAAAAAAGAAACAAUCGGGUUAAUGAUUGUUCCACAACAGGCCACUUUCUUUAGAAGUAAUAACCUUCCAGUUUUGAUGGAGGCGAAUAGGUAUUUUAUGAAAUUGGAAGCAGCUUCAAAAGCACAAUUACAAUCAAGCCAAGUAAAGGAUAAAUUUGGAGCGAAUGUCGGUGUGGAUUCUUUAGUCGGCGAGCACUCGCAAUUAGGCGAGAAAACUAAUGUGAAAAGAACUGUGAUAGGCUCAAAUUGUAAUAUCGGCAAAAGAGUGAGGUUGACUGGAUGUCUCAUUUUGAAUGGAGUAACUAUUCAUGAUGAUGUUCAGCUUGAGAAUUGUAUCAUUGGAAAUAAUGCCAUCAUCCAUUCCAAGGCUAAAUUGAUAAACUGUAAUGUGGAAUCUACAAACGAGAUUGCCAAAGGAACUCAAGCUAAAGGUGAUACAUUACUCUGUUUGUCUUUGGAAGGCUUGGUUGAGGAUAUUGUUAUUGGGGAUUCUACGUCUGAAUCUGACUCCGAAUCCCUCACAGGGUCCGAGGACAGUCUGACCGAAAACGAUUUCAUAGAUGAAUUUGAGGACAAUGAUGACGGUUUAUUUGGACAUUGA